CUCUAUAUAUAUGGAAAAUCUGAAUCUGAUUCAGUAAUUGGCCAUUAGAGAGAGAGAGAGAGAGAGAGAGUAAAUCUUGCAGCAAGUAAAGAGACAGAGAGGUUCUGAAAAGAGUGGGGAGAGGCGACAAUAUUACAGAGAGUAGAAAAUGGAAUCUCCGAAUUUUUAUGUAAGGAAGGUUUUGGCUUUCCUUCAUUGCCUUUGACGCCGACACGUUCGCUCUGCGCUCUCUCUCUGUCUCUCUCCCUUGUCUUCUAUGCCUCUUUGGUCUUCUAUAAAUAAGUCUCCAUUAACGUAUAUUGAACUCCCCUAACUCCUAAAUUAUAAUUAUUAUUCCCCUUUUCGUCUUGAAAAUAAGAACGCCCUGAGGUGGUAUGGACGACUUGGGUUCUCUGUGGAGUUGUCAAGAGGAGGUUGGUGUGGUGUCCAUGGCGACUUUGAAGGGAUUGGUCGAUGUUGAGCUCUGAAUUCAUUAAUUCGUCAAAUUUCUCAAGAAUUUCAUGGAUAUUGCAGUUUCUAUAACUCUCAUUCAGGAUUUCAAUGCCUUGCUUAAAUAUUAGAGAUGUUAAGUGUGCACCCCAGAAUUGUUUAUAUAGUAUGGAUGAGUUGAAGCAGAAGCUUUUCUACACUACUGUUGAACUCGAAUCACUCAAAAGGGAAGCAAUUGAGGAAAUCAGAAAGAACAAGGAGUAUGUGAAGAAUUUACUCAAUCUUCUAAAUAUUGCAACCCAAGAACGAGAUGAAGCUAGAGCUCAAUUGCAGAAGCUGCUAAGCAAGCUCUUGCCCUCUAGCCCUACUGAACUACCCAACAUAUUCCCUCAUGUCCAGACUGAAAGUCCCCUUGUAAUACCUACUAAAGCAAACUCAAGCAUAACAGAAUCCAACAGUCAGUCUGAAACAUACAACCACCAGUCACAUGGAUCUUCCCCAGUAGAUUCCUUCUUUGAUGCUGUUUCAUCCCCGGAUUUCUCAAACAUUAAUGCGGCUGAUUCAAGUAACAUUGGUUUUUUGAACCAGCCUUCUGUUCAGAAGUAUAAUGGCUCUAUGUCCACAGGCAUAGCCUCUUCACAGAUUAACCCGGCUUCUGAUGUAAUUGAUAAUCUUGUUAAAGGAAAAGCUCUUCCUACAAAAGGGAAACUCCUACAGGCUGUUAUGGAAGCCGGUCCUUUACUUCAGACACUCAUUGUUGCAGGGCCGCUUCCUCGUUGGCGAAAUCCUCCUCCUUUGCAACCGUUCAAAAUUCCUCCUGUUUGCAUUGAGGGUCAUGAAACUGCAAUGAUAAAUUUUAAGUCUGCUCCAAACGGGAGCAGCAUGGUUCAUAAACCACUGAAUUCAUCCUCAUCUCCUGUAAUGUCUCGUGGGAGUUCUCAACCUUGUUCUGCGUCUGUGUUAAAUUUUGCCGAUGAUCUUUCUAGUUCAUGUUUGAGCAAUCCGCGGCUAUUGACUUCUUGUGCUAGUUUCAACAAUUAUGUCCCAGCAGCCAAGCGACAAAGGUUUCAAUGAAAUCACUGAACUUUGCUUCAGUGGCUGAUUGUGUAAAUGGGAUAUACUUCUAUUUUCGGUUUUGAACUUUGAAUGACAUAGACCAUUAACUUGGUUUAUCAUUUGUUUCCUUGUACAUAUCACUUCCAUUUUCAUCA